AUGUUAGGACCAUUAGAUUUUGGAAUAGUAGAAAAAGAUGAAUUAGAUAGAGAUAUUGAUAAAUUAAGAAACAUUUUACAAGAUUCUAUCAAAGAGUUGGAAAAGAGUGGAGAUGGAGAACAAUUAAUCAAGGAUGUAAAGGAAUUGUUACUUGCAGAGACACCAAGCGAAAGAACACCCGAGUUUAUGGAAAAAUUUAUAGAAAAGGUGUCUUCAUUGUCCAAUGAAAGUGCACUACGUAUCUCUCGUACACUCAGCCACUGUUUGAACCUUGCAAACGUUGCAGAACAGACCCAUCUAAUUCGAUCGGUAAAGAACCUAGAAUCCGAAGAAGAAGGUGUAUUAAAGUUUUCGUGUGAAGAUAUCUUUAAGCAAUUGAUCGAAGCUGGUGUCGAGCCAGACCGAAUCUACAAGGCGCUGACUGAACAAUCGAUCGAGUUGGUAUUGACAGCUCAUCCAACCCAGAUGAUGCGUCGUACUCUCAUCACUAAAAACAAUCACAUUGGAGAAGCACUCGAAGGACUGAGCAACAAGUCACAAAGCUCACGUGAUCGUAAAGACUGGGAAGACCAACUACGUAGAGAGAUUAGUGGAUCUUGGUUGACCGAUGAAAUCCGUAGAAACAAACCAACCCCCCUCGAAGAAGCUCAAGGCGGUUUCUCAAUCCUCGAACAAAACCUUUGGCGUACACUACCAAAGUUUAUGAAAGUUCUAGAUCGUACUUGUUUCAAAUAUACUGGUAAAAAUUUACCUCUUGGUUUUACAAAUAUUAAAUUUGGUUCUUGGAUGGGAGGAGAUAGAGAUGGAAAUGAUAAUGUAAAUUCAAAAGUAACAAAACAAGUAUCCUAUUUUUCAAGAUGGAUAGCUGCAUCAUUAUUUUAUAAAGAGAUUGAUGCACUGUUGUUUGAACUUUCAAUGGUAAGGAUGACACCAGAAUUGGCAGAGGCUGCAUUGAAAGCACAAGAACGUAGAAAUACAAAUAGACCAAAACCAGUAUUGACUCUUUACAAGGAAUUUGGUGGUGGAUCUGGUAUUCCUGAACGUGAAGGUUAUAGAAUUUUAUUGGCUGAAAUGAGAGACAAAAUGUUGUUAACCAAAAAACAUUAUGAAGAUUUAAUUGGUGGUCAAACCCCUCCACCAGAUCAUGAUGAUGAUGAUAUCUAUCAUACUGCAAAACAAGUUUUAGAUCCUCUUUUACUUUGUUAUGAUUCUUUAAUUUCUGUUGGUGCUAUUGAUGUUGCAAAUGGUAGAUUAAUUGAUGUAAUUAGACAAUUAAAUUGUUUUGGAUUAACAUUAUCAAAAUUAGAUAUUAGACAAGAAUCAACAAGACAUUCAGAAGUAUUGGAUGCAAUUACCAAUUAUUUGGGAAUUGGAUCUUAUUUGUCAUGGAAUGAAAAAGAGAGACAAGAGUUUUUAAUUCGAGAAUUGGAAUCAAAGAGACCACUUGUACCAAAGGAUUUACCUUGUAAUGCUAGAGUUCAAGAGGUACUUGAUACAUUCCGUAUGGCUGCUGAAUUACCAGCUGAAUCCCUUGGUGCCUAUGUUAUUAGUAUGUGUCAAAAUCCAAGUGAUAUUUUAGCAGUUGAACUCCUUCAAAAAGAGUCUGGUAAUAAGUUUCCACAACGUGUAGCUCCUCUGUUUGAAAUGAUUGAUGAUUUGGAACGUGCUCCACAGACUAUGGAACAAUUGUACAGUAUCAAAUGGUACAAGGAUAGAAUCAAUGGAAGUCAAGAAAUUAUGCUUGGUUAUUCCGACUCUUCCAAAGACUCUGGUAGAUUGACUAGUUCAUGGUCAUUAUACAAGGCUCAAGAGAUUUUGACAAAAUUGUCUGAUAAACAUGGCGUCAAACUAACUCUAUUCCAUGGUCGUGGUGGAACGAUUGGUCGUGGUGGUGCACCAACCUAUUUGGCCAUCCAAUCUCAACCAGGUGGUUCAAUCAAUGGUCGUCUAAGAGUAACUGAACAAGGUGAAAUGAUUACAGCUCAUUAUGGUCAACCAGGUGUAGCAUUCCGUUCCAUCGAAGUCUAUACCACCGCCACACUCCAACAAACUCUCUUACCACCUCCUCCACCAAGUGAUCAUUGGCGUGAAAUCAUGGAUGAACUCUCUUCUGUUUCCGGUAAAAAGUAUCGCUCCAUCGUUAGAGGAAACGAAAACUUUGUUCGUUAUUUCCGUGCAUCCACUCCGGAAAGAGAACUUUCACAUUUAAAUAUUGGUAGUCGUCCUCAAAAGCGUAAUGUUAGUGGUGGUAUUGAAUCGCUUCGUGCUAUUCCAUGGAUUUUCGCAUUCACUCAAACUAGAUUAAUCUUGCCAGCUUGGUUGGGUGUUGCCGAGGCAUUAGAAGCGGCCAAGGAAAAAGGUUAUACCAAUGACCUAAAGGAAAUGUACAAGUCUUGGCCAUACUUUCAAACUACCAUUGAUCUCAUUGAAAUGGUGUUGAUGAAGGCUGAUCCCCUCAUUGCUGCUCGUUACAAUGACCUUUUGGUGCCAUUCGAACUACAAUCACUUGGCAAGGAAAUGAUUGGUCUACUCAACAAAACUGUAUCAUCUAUUCUUUCACUCACCAAUCAUUCAACUCUUCAACAAGACAACAAACUAUUACAACAUUUCAUCGCUAUACGUCGUUCAUAUUUAGAUCCACUAAAUUAUAUUCAAGCAGAAGUUCUCCGUCGUCUUCGCUCAAAUCAUGUUGAAGCUCAGAACCCAAUCCUCGUAGAUAUCUUAAUCAUUAGUAUUAAUGGUUUAGCUGCUGGUUUACGUAAUACUGGAUAA